ACACAUUUUCACUAUCGCCGUGCGGGGAAAAGGAUCUUUCAAGGCUUUGGUGCCAAGACGUUGCUUGCGUAGUAGACAUGACUAGUCAGCCCAUACUACGAAACACACAGGAGAGGGAUUCGCGGGACAAUAAUGAAUUUUUCAAGGUAAAAUAAAUGCUAAACAACAUAUUUUAUGUCAGUACAUGCUGCUCAAGCUGUUAAAAAGUUCCAUAGAUUAAACAAAACAAGCACAAGGAGAUCUUGGAGCAUUUCUAGGUCUUUCUACCUACGAAUAUAACUUUACUUUGCACUAAAAUAAAACGCAAGCACUGUUUUCCGAAAUAUUUUAUUGACAAAAUUUGGAUUCUCGUCUAGGGUUAUCGAACCUAUCAGCAUUAACCUUAAUAGUGUUGGGGAGAUUGAAAACACUGUUAGCCUUCAUGAUCUUCUUCCCUACCCCUCAUUUCAGGUACAGUGUUGUAUAAAGCGCGACCGGACCGUCCCUGUAAGCACAUGCAUUUGGACUUUGACUAUGAUAGUUAUGGAACCGAAAGUAAAGUCGAAAAGCUGAAGAACUAUUGUAGUUCUGGUUAUAACCUUCCCAGCCAAUGAGUUUAUGUGCUUGGGGCGAUGGCUGCUUGUAGUGGCACAGAACAGAAUGUGACACUAUUUUAGUACCCUUUGUGUUACUGAUGUUAUGUUAUGUUAUGUUCUCAGUGUUGAAACUGUUGCAACAUUAAAACCGAAACAUCUCUUAAUUAACCUAUAAAUGUCGUUUCGUAAAGUUAAGUCGCGCUGGCUUUUAUUAAGAUUACAAAUACUUGACCCUUAUACUCCUUCAGUUUUCUAAUUACAAUUUACAAAUGUAAUUAAGUUUUUUUUUUUUCACGGAGUAGUUGUGGUAGUAUUCAUUCAGCGUGAUCAGUUUCACUUUUUUUCUCGCUAAGAGCAGUUACGACAGCUGAUUAAGAUACAUUAUUAUGUUUUCAGACAAUCCCUAAGACCUCCGGGGUACUUCAAACACCUCUUUUAGAACUUGGCAUCUCUUUACAUCACUGUCUUUAACAUAUGAAAUAAUUAACAUAGACCAGAACGUCUAGAACUUUUUUCAGACUUUUUCACAGUUAAAUGCAUCUGUUAGCACAAUUGGGCCUUUUUACAGACCGAAAUUACAGAUUUCCCUGCCCUUUCAUAUAGUUCAAGGAAUGAAAUCCCUACACUUUCAUAUACCUGAAGCCUGAAAAAGGUACCCCUUUUCGGGUGAAGCCAACCUAUGGGGGGCCAUCAUAGGAGGUACCCCCCGACCCCAAGACAGUGCUUUGUAGCAGCAUUGACUCCCAUAAUCUCUUCUCGUAAUAAAGUUUACCCAACGCCAUCCGUUUCAAUCUUUUCCAGCUUUACUCGUCCCUUGCCCACUUUUGGUUUUGUUGUAGUUCUUUCCAUUUCCUUUUUACGGUUUCAUGAUCAAGCUGCCAUUCAAAAUCCUGUUAAUUCUAUGAUCGUAAUUGUUAAGCGCUCAAUGGAACUAUAUCUUCAAUUGGCGUGACCCAGAUGAAAGUGAAAUUACGGUAACUUAGCUCACUUUUAAGUCGAUUCAGAUAAACUGAAAAGAUCGUUUUCGAGAGUUAAAGCAAAUUAAUCAGUACAAAACUUCAAAUUGCUUUGCGUGUGGAGUCUGAUCUGUCUGAGCUAUAAAUAUGUUCCUGUUCACUUAAUUACUCCCAUUAGUUUGGGAAACCUUGAGACAAGCCACAAGAAAAGUGAAAGCGUUAAAUAGCGCAUAGCUGGGCACGGGACAAUAUGUCGAUUUUGGUUUCGGAUUGUAACAACGUUAAAAUUUCCUUGAGCCCACGGGCCUAUGUAUAAGUCGCAGUUCUUUUGUAUUAAGGCUUAGCUCCAUUGUUGAUGUGUCCUGCCGAAAAUCUCUUUUAUAAGGCUUCAUCGACUUUUGAGUCAAGACGUCUUUUGCCUGAGUUAGACAUGAAGAGUCAACCAACACAGGAAGAUUUUCAGGAUGACAGGGAUCCACGGGGCAACAAUGACUAUAUUCAGGUAAGACAAAAUACUUAAGGCAUUUUUGUUUCUGUGAAUAAGUUAUGGUUUCGUUCUAGCUGUAAAGAUGUGUGCUGAAAUAAGACUACAUUUUGCUUGUAUCGUGUAAAACGUUUGAUAGUUACGCUUAGAUGUGCUGUAAAUGUUACCACAUCAUCUUUUCAACAUUUUCCUUAAAGUUUAGUGUAAAAUUUGUGUUCAGAAAGAGGCAAUUCAUAAUUUUGAAAAUCAAAUUUUGGUCACGUGCCCAGCUACGAACUUACUCAUUUUAAGAAAAUGGUGCGGGUUUGAAAAACCAAAUCACUAUUAUUUUGUUUAAGGUAUGACCCAUUUCAUAAAAAUGAUGUCACAUGACCUCUUAGUCAUGCUUAGUGCAAAUGGCCUAUUAAGGCCGACCCAAACUAUUUGGAGCACCUGAAUUGAUUAAGACGCCGAUCUUAAUUCCAGUCGAACUUAAUUCAAAAGGAGAAAAAUACUCAAUUUGGUGAAACUGCUUGCAAAAUAUGUUAUUAUAAUUUAUGCAUUAGGUUCGCUACAUGAAAAAGUUCGGCGUCUGAAUCAAAGCCGUUCCAAAGUCGUUCCAUAGUAGAAAUUCCCGGCGUGUCGUUACAAAUUGUGGUCUCUGGUGAUGUCCACCAGCCAUGAGUGAGGUUCGUAAUGCACAAAUCUCUAGUAUCAACAGUGUUGCUAAUUGUCCUGCACACCAUCGCCUAAUCAAGCCGAUUACUAGCAACCAAGGAUCACGUUCAAUGAGAAAGUGACCAUCGUGAGACGAACAGUUAGCAACGAACAGUUAUCUUAUAAAUUUACAGUGGAGAAUGUGUUUGUGGACCGGUCGCAGUUUAGUUAAAAAAUAAAAAAAAAAUUGGGACACCCCAGCCGGUGAUUCCACGUCAGAAGCCAGACUUUAUAAAGGACAGGAAAUCCUAAAAAAAGGGACGUACAUUUUCUAAUUAAAAGUAAACGUGCAUUGCUAUUGCUUUCGUUCGUAUAGAGAUCCCUUUUACCUUAGUCAAAGAAAUUACAGGUAAAUUCUGUUUUCUUAUUUGUAGGUUGCCUAUUCAGAUGUGAUAUGCGAGCCCCCUGCAACACAUAGUCCUCAGUGUUCGUACCAGUUCACUAAAGCCGUUUAUGCCAAUACCUCUAAUUUGACGUAUAGCAUUUUGACGCUGCUGUUUGGCGGACCGUUAUCGUUUAUCUAUGGUUUGUCGUGUGGAGUGAUAAGCUUCUUUUUUGUUUGGCUUGUCACACCAUUUGUUCGUGCUUGGUUCAUUUUAUUCGGGCUAGCGGGAAAACUCUGGAUGUCUAUUGUGAAGAGCUUCUACAAUCCGUUGUUCGAGGCAUUUGGAAGAUUUUUCUCCAACAUCAAUAUUACCCUUCGCAGUAGUACUAUUCAAAACGUGUGACUUGGACACUUCUUGUUUCUUGUUAUUUCUUGAGAAGCAGUUAAAUUUUACCAUUCAUGAUUUUGUUUUGUAACUGCCAUUUUUCUUUUCAGCUCAAUUUGUACUGCACCAUUUUCGCUUAAGUUGGCUCGACUGGAUCUUUCAGGGACUAUGUUUUCCAUGUUUGCACAUAGACUACGUUGUAGUUAACAAUAUUACUGGGAGCUUAGGCAAAGUUGUUUUUUGAGCGACGGACUUCCACCGGAAGUGAGGCUUUUUCCCUACUUAUUUGCCUUGAAGCAACUAAAUUUGUAUUUCUAAGUGUCUUCACCCUUUAAGAGACGAUUUACCCGAGAAUUUGGGCAAAAUCACUGGCCAAGAAUGCAAAACGUCCACUUCCGGUUGACGUACGAAGCUCUCUAAUGAUAUAAAAAAACAGUCACUACUGACGUAAUCAUAUUCAAAGAUGGGAAGUAUAGAUUCUAAAAGAUUCCUUCCAAGUAGCCAAAAAACAAAGAUAAAAACACAUGUAUUUAGCAAUAUAGAUAUGGUAACUAAACAAUAAAUGCUUAAUAUAUAUUGAGCAUUUUUUUACCUUCGUCACGUGCUAUUGGGAAAGAAUUUCAAUACACUACAAUUAAUCUGAUUUCAAUAAAGUACAAAAUUUCAUCUUUAUAUAUCCAUGA